AUGGCGAGCAUCUCGACUGCGCGCCACGAGGCUCUGCUCGAGUUCUCUGCACUCGGCCAGGCCGACCACCUCCCAACAGGCCUGUACAUCUACCCGAGCGAGCCCACUCGCUGGAAUGGCGUCCUCUUCUUGCACCGCGGCUACUACGCCGGCGCCGUCCUCCACCUCACCCUCUCGCUCCCCGCGGCGUACCCAUCUUCCCCUCCCAUCGUCACGUUCGACUCGCCCAUCUUCCACCCGCUCGUCGACCCCUCCUCGGGCCGCAUGCGCCUCGACUGGCGCUUCCCGACCUGGCGACCGCGCGAGGACUGCAUCGCCCUCGUCCUGCACGCCGUCAAGGCCGCCUUCAAGCGCAAGGGGCUCGAGUCGCUCCGCGAGGCCCUCUGCGCAAACGUCGAGGCGUACCACCUCUACCGCGAGCAGACGCCCGUCUUUGCCCGUCUCGCCUCGCAGUCGGCCCUCCUUUCCGCCUCGGCCACGUCCCUGUACCACCCGCCGCCCUUGCGCAGCGAGGAUGCACUCGUGACGCCGAUCCGCUUCCGGCGACUUGAGGCGGGCGAGGAAGACCGGCUCGCCCAGGAGGUCGAGCGGCUCGGGCGGGCAAAGGUGGUCGGCGGUCGACAGCACGGCGAGCGGGGCUAG